GUCUUGCGUGUAUAGUUUUAAUAAACGUGAAGCCUCUCUAUAUAAAGAUAAGUAAUGUUGAAUAUUUAGCACUUGCAAAAAAUUUCUUCGAGAUUCAAUCCAACAAUAUUGUAUACACGUAUAUAAUUACUAGAUAUAAUUAUGGAGGGCUUAGAUGCUUUGUAUGCUGCUGCCAUUGCCGGAGAUGCUGAUGCCAAGGCGAAAUUGGAGAUGGAAGCUGAUAUCCUCAACGAUGAUGACGAAACUAUCCUUCACGUUGAAUCGCGAAAGGGGAAUGCAGACCGGGUGCGAUUCAUUUUGAGGGAGUUUGCAAACAAAAACCUUUUGGGCAAGCUUACUAUAUAUAAACAUACUGCACUUCACUGGGCAAUAUAUCGGGGACAUACCGAAGUGGCUGAGAUCAUCGUUGAAGCAGCUAGAGACCAGUUGCCGGAAACUUCCUUUCAAGAGUUUCUUAGGCAAGGUGAUAAAGAUAAUGCCACCGCGUUACAUGCAGCAGUCACGGAAAAAAAUGUAGCUAUUGUGAAGCUAUUAGUAGAGGCCGACCCUAGUGAUCCACACACACAAAAUGAUGAUGGUAAAACACCAAUGUUCAUAGCUGUGGAAGAAGAGUUGGAGGAUAUAGUGAUGAUCAUCUCUACAACUUGUACAGAUCCAUUUUUGGACGGACCUGAUGGCAGUAUUGUUAUGCCCGUCAAAAAUAUGGACCAAGUUAACAUCUGUGGUGGAACACUCUAUAAAAUAAUGGGUAGAGAUGCUUUGCGUGAUGCUGUUUUUUCCGGAGAUGCUGAUGUCAUGGCUAUAUUGGAGAUGAAAGCUGAUAUACUCGAAAACAUCCUUCACAUUGAAUCGGAGUCUGGAAAUACAGAACAUGUGCAAUUUAUUUUGUCGAAAUUCGGAAACAAAAAUCUUCUGGACAAGCUGAAUAGAUUCGAACAAACUGCACUUCAUUUGGCUGUAGAUAACGGACAUACUCAAGUGGCUGCGCUCAUCAUUGAAGCAGCUAGAAAACAAUUUCCGGAAACUUCCUCCUUUCAAGAUUUUCUUAGGCGAGGUGAUCAAGAUAUGGACACCGCCUUACAUUGCGCCGUCAUGGAAAGGAACGUAGAUAUUGUGAAGCUAUUAGUAGAGGCCGACCCUACUGAUCCCCAUACACAAAACGAAAUGGGGAGAACACCCAUGUACAUGGCUGUGGAAGAAGGGUACAACGAAAUAGUCGAGUUAAUCUCUACAACUUGCACAGCUCCUUCUCUCGACGGACCUGAUGGUAGUACUGUUGUGCGUCUUGACCAAGUUAAGAGCCCUGGUGGAACACACUAUAAAAUUAUGGAUAGAGAUGCUUUAUUUGACGCUGCCAUUGCGGGGGAUGGUCAUGCCUUUGCUAAAUUGGAGAUGGAAGCUGAUAAGCUGGACAGACAUGAACGAACUAUCCUUCAUAUUGAAUCCAUGAAUGGAAAUACGGAACAUGUGCGAUUCAUUCUAAGGGAGUUUGCAGACAAAGAUCUUUUGGUUAAGCUGGGUGAUCAACGAGAAAAUGCACUUGCAUGGGCUGCCUAUUUUGGACACACUGAAGUGGUGGAGCUCCUCAUUGAAGCAGCUAGACACUUGCCUCCUAAUCCAAUAACUUCUGUUCAAGCUUAUCUUAGGCAUGCUGAUCAAGAUUCGGAGACUGCCCUACAUGCAGCAAUUAAGGGAGGUUCUGUGGAUGCUGUUAAGCUAUUAGUAGAGGCCGACCCUACUGAUACGCAUAUUCAAAACAAACAAGGUAAAACCCCAAUGUACAUGGCUGUGGAAAACGGGUACAACGAAAUAGUAGAGUUAAUCUCUAAAACUUGCAAGGCUUGUUUUCUGGACGGACCUGAUGGUAGUACUACUUUGCAUGCUGCUGUUAAGAAUGACGACGACGAUAGCAUUAAAGUGGUUAGGUUCCUAAUUGAUGCAGCUAAACGUUUGCCUUGUGCUCCCAAUAAUGAUAUUACUGAUUCCAAUGCAGUGACUUCUUUUCAAUCUGCUUCAGAUAAUGAUAAUAAUGAUGAUGGUGAUAGUACUGAUGAUCAUACUGAUCCAAAUCGAGUGACUUCUUCUCAAUCUUCUUCAGAUGAUGACAGUACCGAUGAUAAUCCAGUUAGUCCUUUUCAAGCUUUCCUCAGGCGAGUUGAUGAAGAUGGGAACACUGCGUUGCACAUAGCAGUCAUGCAACGGAACUUGAAUAUAGCUAACCUAUUAGUAGAGUCUGAUCCAAGUUUUGAGGGUACUCCAAACCAGAAAGGUCGAACACCGUUCUACAUAGCUGUGGAAAAAGAGCACGCCGAUAUAGCGAAGAUGCUCUGUACAACUUGCGCAACUCCACAUUUUUUGGUGGGUCCUGGUGGUAAUUUGACUGCUUUGCAUGCUGUUGUCAAGAAUCUUCAAGAUGUCAAAGAUGUGAUUAAAAUGAUCAUUGAUCAAAUCAGAAAACACAACGCAAAUGUUCUUCCUGAUGAAAUAUUUUAUGAGAUUGACGAGGAUGGAUAUACUGUGUUAGAAGUGGCGGUAGAGCUAAAUCAAACGGCAGUGGUUGAUUUGGUAUUAGAUUUACAACAUCCCGCCGCCCCAAAGAGAAAGGAUGGUGCUUUUAUCAGUCUCAUACCUGUAAUAUAUAAAGCCCAGGAGAAGGGUUACAAGAAUAUUGUCGACUUGCUCACCCAAAGGUAUAACCAUAGAUCUAAAUUGUCUAAAGACUUCAAAGAUCAAGUCAGUUUGAUAUCGGCUAUUAAAAGUGGCAAAACAGACACCGUCGUCAGCCUAUUAUCGGAUGCAGGCCGUGGUGGCCAGCGUCUUGUGACCUUUGUUGACAAGCUUGGGUGGACAGCCCUUCAUCAUGCAGUAUAUCAUGAAUCUGUUCCAAUAAUUAAACACAUAGCAGAAGCUCAAAAAGGGAUUAAACCUAAAUCUGGGUACAAAGAUAAGGUACCUACACCGUUUCAUGUAGCUGUCCAAAGAGGACUUACUUCUAUAGUGAUACUUCUUAUGCAAUUAUGGCCAUCUACCUCUUCAACAUAUACUGCUGUUGAUAAAAAAGGACAAAAUAUACUACAUUUGGCCGCAUUGCAGAGCAAAAAAGAUAUGAUAGAAGGUAUUCUUAAAAAUUGCCCAGCAGAGCAUAAGAAAGAGUUUGUGAACAAGCAGAAUAACAAUGGCUAUACAACUCUUCACCUGCUUAUCCAACUUGGUUGCUUUGUUCCGGAACUUUUAAAAUACCAAGGACUUGAUACAAGUGUGAAAAACAAUGAGGACUGGACUCCUUGGGACAUGUUGUAUGUCCAGGAGCAAAUUGUUGUGGACCAGGUGAAAAUCAAAUUGGCCCUUGAUCAUAUCCAAAUUGAUGGUAAAAAGGAUAUUUUUUCAAGUUCAGUGUUCACAACUAGUGAACGAGAGAAAAAAGAUGUGAAAUUUAGGGAAAAAUCACAAGAAAUGAUAGAUGGAAUGCUUGCACUGAUGAAAGAAACUGGAGCUGUUGACAAGUGUUAUGUUGAUGCAAUUGGCGGAGAUCCUAUAUCUAGAGCAGCAUUGGAGACGGAAGCCCAUACACCAAACAAAGCCGGAGAAACUAUCCUUCACGUUGAAUCAAAGAAGGGAGCUGUGGAAAACGUACAGUUCAUUUUGAGUGCGUUAGAAUGGGCGAUGUCCCACAAUCACGUGAACGCUGUUGAACAGAUAUUACUUGCAGAUCCGGCCUAUCAAGAUGGCCGUGGAAGUAGAAAUCAGGGUCUUUUGCGUUUAAUCUACCAAGCCAUGGAGAACAAAUACAAUGACAAAAUUGUCGAAUUACUGUCUGCAACUUUCCAAACUGGGAUCGACGACCCUAAUCUCAAAGGCGUGCUAGAUUUGAUUAUUGCUAUUCAAAAACACGAUGCAGGUCCUAUUUCCCAACUCUUGAGAGGAGAAGAUAAUAAACAUUUCCUAAAUUUUGUGGACUCUGAAGGAUGGACCCUGCUUCAUCAUGCUGCAUAUCACCAAUUUGAUUCUAUACUCAGUGAAAUGAUAGAAGCUCAAGAAAAAGUAGGAUAUCAAUUUGUAUGUAAAGAGGGGGUAGCAACACCAUUUCACGUAGCAGCAAGAUGUGGACAUACUUCUACUGUUAUUCGACUUCUGCGAUUAUGGCCGGCUUCGUCCCAGUACACAGCAGUCGAUGUAAAUGGUCAAAAUAUUAUGCAAGAACGGCCAGCUGCGCCCUCUCCGUUCACAGCAGUUGACGAGAAUGGUCAAAACAUAUUACACUUGGCUGCUCUUACGAAUAAAAAGGAGAUGGUGAAUGGUAUUUUAAGAUGUUGUCCACCAAAGCAGAAGAACCUGCUUUUAUUCAAAAGAGAUGUUGAGGGCAAUACACCUCUUCAUUUACUUGUCGCUCAAGGAUGCUUCAUUGAGGAUCUCAUCAAAUAUAUAGCAGCUGGUGAUAGUCAUACGACCAAUAACGAUGGUUGGACUCCCAGAGACAUGUUAUAUUAUCGACAUGACAUUGUUGGUGAUCAGGUACAAAUAAAAAUGGAACUGGAUGGUAUGAUCAGCACCGAUCAGUCUAGGAAACUUUGGUCUAGUAGCAGAAAGAAAAGUACUUCUUCAAGUUUAGCAGUGCUCCCAGCUAGUAAACGAGAGAAAAAAGAUAUCCUAUUUAAUGAAGUCCAAAAAGUGUUGAUGGAAAAAAAGAAUGCAAAGAUGGAGGAAGAUCUGCAAAGAUAUAGAGAGGGGACCAACAGCCAGAUCGUAGUUAGUGCACUGAUAACUACAAUAACUUUUACGGUAGGAUUCACCAUACCUGGUGGUCUUCAUCAAAGUGGAGAAAGUAAUCAAGGAUUGGCGGUUCUUUCAAAAAAGGCAGCUUUUAAAAUAUUUAUGAUUGCCGAUGCCUUUGCUUUGCUAUUGUCCAUCUGUUCUUUGUUCGUCUACUUUCUUGAAAAUAUGUCAGAUAAUUUCGAGCAUGUGACCAGACUUCAUGCAACAACCCUUGGGCUGAACAUUGCUUCCAUUAUGUUGACGAUGUUUGUUUUUAUGACAGGAACGUAUGUUGUAUUUUCCGAUUCAUUAUUCCUGAGCAUUACCAUUUUCAGCAUCGGUUCCCUCUUCCUUAUUUUUGUCAUUCUUCAACUGCUGAGGAUUGCAUAUGAGCGCCGAGCACGGAAGAAUGACAAUUACAAGAAAGAAGCUUGAGUAUCUGUUUUGCUAUUUUCAGAUAUUUUAUGUACUCAUGAUAUAUGGAAUCAUGACUCCAAUAAAGAGGAUUGAUGCUAUUUAGCAGAAAAUUGUAGAAGCUGUCAAGGCACUUGUUUAUUAGUUAAGGAAAAUGCUUGGUGCACAUAAUUGUAUACAAAAUGUUGUACAUGAUAUGUGAUGGGUUUUAGUUAGAAUGGACUCCCUGUAUUCACAUCAACCACUCCAAUUAAAACAUCUCACAUCAAUUGUUAUGGUAUUAUGUACAAUUUUAUAUACACAAUUAUGUGCACCUAGCACUACUCAUUAAUAGUAAACUACAAUGUUGUUUAUAUAUUGCUAACUAGUGAAAGACAAUGUUGUCACGGCCAUGGGUUCACUUUGGUUUUGUUUACUUAAAAAAUAUCAACAGUUCAAUUACUUGGUGGUAUAAAUUAGUACCAUCAACUUUA